AUGACAAGGCGAACGAGGCGACGUACGGGAGGUCUCAGCGGUACGCCUGACGUGGACAUAUCAGGCACCGCUGCAGCGGCUACCAAUGAGGAGGUGACACCUGUCAGCCAGAGAGGCCGAUUGCGAGGGACGGUAGGGCGAAGUCUAGCUUCCACUGACACGCCAGGCGGGUCUGUCAGGCUCGUGCCUGCCACCGCCGCUGCUGGUGCGAAUUCUUCUGCGACCCGCGCUCCGAAUCCUGCGAAUCCCGCUGCGACUUCUUCAGCGACCCCUGCUGCGACGCCUGCGACUGCCUCUGCGACUUCUUCCGAUGCUGCCCUUCCGCAUCCCGCCUUAGCCGAUGCCGACACCACCGCUGAUCGCGCAGGAUCGCGGAACUCGCUCGCGCUUCCCCCCUUGCUCGAAGUCUCCGCGGAAGCUCCGCCACCCGGUCCCUCCACCGCGUCCUCUUCCGCGUCCGCGCGCUUCACCCCCGAAUCCGCGCCCAGUUCCUCCGCCGCAGACGCUCCGCGCUCGCCGGCGGAAGUUCCCGCCUUGUCCGCGGAAGCGCACGUGUCAUCCGCGCUAGCUCGGCAGCAAAGCGGCUCUUCCGCCGGCGCCGGCGCAAGCGCUGGCGGAGGGCAUGCUAGUCGCGCGCGCGGGGUGAGCGCGGUUUUCGCGCGCCUAGACGCAGUCGCGGCGGAGACAGAGGCGGAAGUGGAGAUUGCUGACGCGGCAGGCGGAGAAGGCGGAGGAGACGCCUUGUUCUGGUCAAUUGAUAUGACAGAAAGGGAAAGAGGAGGGGAGGAGGGGAGUGAAGGACAAGGGGUGGAUGGGAUGGUUGAGAAGGUGGGUCAGCUGGGAAUGCGUGAGGAGGUAGGGUUACUAGAGAAUGGUUGGGAGGAGAUUAAGUUGGUGGAGAGGUGUGAGGAGGUUUUAGAAUUGGUGGACGAAGCGGAGGAGGGUGGGGAGGUGGGAGAGGAGGAGGAAGCAGAGGAGGAGGAGAGGGAGCAGCAGCAGCAGCAGCAGCAGCGGCAGGAUCAGAAAGAGGAGAAGCGGAAGGAGGACAAAGUCGAGGUUGGGAGGGAGCAGGAGCGGGCAGGGCAGGGCCGGCAGAAUCAGCAGGCGCAGGAACAGACUGAGGGUGAGGAACAGCAGCAGCAGAAGCAGAAGCAGAAGCAUCAAAAGCAGAAGAAGCAGAAGCAGAAAGAGCAACCACAGGCCAGCACCAGCCAGCAGCACCCAGCCACAGAAGCACCGUCCGCACUGAACAACCCAGCAGCCCAGCAGCAGCAGCAGCAGCAGCAGCAGCACCCAGCACGAGCACACCCCCCUGACUGGACCUCUCUCCCAGCCGAAAUCACCCUCCGGAUCUUCUCCCUCCUUGCAUUUCGCGACCUCGCUCGAGCAUCCUGCGCCUGCUCCUCCUGGUGCCACCUCUCCUUCGCGCCCUCCCUCUGGACCACCCUAGAUCUCCGCUGCUACCCCCCUCUCUCCGCCGCUGCUGCGGAUUCCCUUGCUGUGAGGUGCGCAGGAGCGCUGACCCGCGUGCAUGUCAAGGGGGCGGAGUCGCUUCGAGCGGUGGCCAGGCUUGCUGCUGGGUUUGGGAGGUUUGACAGGUGUGGAGAGGUUUUGGAAGGUUCUUCUGGGGGUGCUCGUGGUGGGUUAGGGGCUGUGGCCUCUGCUGGUGUCGCUGCUGCUACUUCAGCGGCUCCUCCUUCUCAUCCUGCUCCUGCUCCUCCUCCUGCUGCUGCUGCUCCUUCUGCUGGCGGUGCAAGCGCUGAAGGUCCCGAUAGGGCGGGUGGCAGUGGCAGCAACAACAGCAGCACCGGCACAGGAAACCUGUUCAGGGGCACAAAUGAAACUGGCAAGCGAGGUUGUGAGGGCUCUUCUAGGGCCUUCCCUUGGACCUCGUUCCGAAGCUCUUCCCGGAGCUCUUCGUCAGGCUCGGCCUAUGCUUCUCCCCCAGGCUCUUCCCUUCAGCACCUCUAUGCUAACUCGUGUACCGAUCUCUCUGACGCAUCCCUCGGUCUUAUCCUCGGUCGCCACGCGCGCCUGCGCCAGGUGUCGCUCUCCCAUUGCGAGAGGCUGUCCCCUGACGCAAUCUGCGUGCUGGCGGAAUCCUGUCCGCGUUUAGAGGAUCUCCAUUUAAACGGGUUAAGGAGGGUCGAUCUGGCUUGCCUUGCAGCCCUAGCACGGCACUGUCCGCGGCUAUACAAUCUCUCGCUCGUUAACUGUCUCAGGUUCGAGGAUCGGGGAGGCGUGUCGCUGCUUCAGCAGGUCCGGUAUCUGUCCCUGUCAGGUUCGGACGUGUCCUGGCAUCGGGCAGCUUCAGACGUGGCUCGGCUGCCGAACCUGCAAGCCAUAGACGUGUCACGCUCGGACAUCUCUCCCGAAGCUGUCAACCUUAUUCUAGCAUCUCCCUCCAUUCUCCUCGUUGCUGCUUUCAGUUGUCCUGAGCUGGAGACCUUUCACGAGGCCAUCAAGAUGCCUAGCAAGCCCUGUCUUUUGCUAUUCCGGUUCGGCGAUCUUCGUCUGGCUCUCCUUGCGCUUGCCCUUUCCUGCAGCGACCCCUCUUGCCUCUGGAGCUUCUACCAGCCUAAGAAACCAGCGGCACAGCCUGUGGGAGGCUCGGGAGCUGCCGAGCCUGGGGCUGAGGCUGGGAAUGGGAAUGUUGGAUCUAGAGAUGAAGAGAGCGCUGCUGCUUCAGAAGAAAGCCAAGUCAGAGCACUCGUGCUCCACAUUACCAGGGCGCUGGGCGGCGGUGGGCCUCGCAGUGCCUGCGUGGAGCUCUCUGAUUGGACGGAGCUGAUUCUGGUCCGAGCUCUACACUCAUUGGCCGAGAGGUUGGAGCCAAUGGGGUGGGAAGGGGGGUGGGGGGGAGGGGCAGGGGGAGGGGGAAGGGGAAGGGGGGGUUUGGGAGGUGUUGUGGGGGGAGGAGGUGCGGGAGGAGGAAGGCAAGGGGAUGGGGCAGGAGGAGGGGGUGUGAGAGGUGGGGAAGGGGGGGUGGGAGAGAGGGGAGCGGGAGGGGGAGGUGGGGGGGGAGAAGGAGGGAGAGAAGGAGGAGGAGAAGCAGCAGCAGGAGGAGUUGUAAGGAGAGGGUGGGAGGCGAGGGAGGACUUUUGGGUGACUCAGGGCAUUCCCGCUGUGCUGCUGCUGCUGCAAAGCCGGCAGGAGGAGGUGCGAGAGAGAGCAGCAGCGACAGUCGGGGUGUUUGUGGUCGCAGAUUCUAUUGGGGUUGGAUUCGAGGAGGAGGCGGAGGCGGAGGUGGUGGAGGGGGAGGAAGAGGAGGGAGAGGUGGGAGCGCGGGAGGGAGGGAGAGGAGCAGGAUGGAGGGUGGGGGGAGGCGGUGGGAUGGGGGCAGGGGAAUGGAGAGGAGAGGGAGGGGUGGGUGGAGGAGGAGAGGGAGGAGGGGGAGGAGGGGGAACGGGGGGGCGACAGGGGGACGGGUGGGAUUUAGUGAUGGGAGGGGGCGGGGGAGUGGGGGAGGCGGGGAGCAGUGGGCGGGUGAGUGCGUUUAUGCGAGGGGGCGGAGUGGAGGUGCUGGUUCACAUGGCAGGCCGGCACGGACCAGAGGGGCCACGAUUCGAAGCAACUAAGGCCCUGGCGAAUCUGUCAGUGAGUGUGGACGUCGCAAGGGAGGUGGUGCGGGUGGGGGGAGUGGGAGUGCUGCUCUCUCUCCUCGCUCACUCCAACGGCUGUAUAGCCGAGGCUGCUGCAGGGGCGCUCUGGAAUCUAUCAGUCACGGACGAAUACAAGGUGGGUGGGUCUGGACUCGUCUGGAGAGAGGUGGUGAGAGUGGAGGGAACGGCCGAAGCUGGGACGAUGGGUGCAGCCGAUGCCGUUGGCUCCUCUGGGUGUUUACCCCUCGUUAUCGUCCUGUUGCAUGUGCAUUCCCUCGUUAUCGUCCUGUUGCAUGUGCAUUCCCUCGUUAUCGUCUUGUUGCAUGUGCAUUCCCUCGUUAUCGUCCUGUUGCAUGUGCAUUCCCUCGUUAUCGUCCUGUUGCAUGUGCAUUCCCUCGUUAUCGUCCUGUUGCAUGUGCAUUCCCUCGUUAUCGUCCUGUUGCAUGUGCAUUCCCUCGUUAUCGUCCUGUUGCAUGUGCAUUCCCUCGUUAUCGUCCUGUUGCAUGUGCAUUCCCUCGUUAUCGUCCUGUUGCAUGUGCAUUCCCUCGUUAUCGUCCUGUUGCAUGUGCAUUCCCUCGUUAUCGUCCUGUUGCAUGUGCAUUCCCUCGUUAUCACGUACAUCAUGCAAGCAGGAGGCAUCGCCACUCUGGUUGACCUCAUGGCCACAGCUCCUCCUCCUGCUCUCGGCCUUCCAGGGGACUGUGUCCUCGAGAGGGUGACAGGCGCCCUGGCGAAUCUAGCGGUGGACGACGGGUACAGCACGGCCAUAGUGGAGCGGGGAGGGGUGGCGGCGCUGGUGCGCGUUCUGGAGCGGGUGACGGGCGCCCUGGCGAAUCUAGCGGUGGACGAUGGGUGCAGCACGGCCAUAGUGGAGCGGGGCGGGGUGGGGGCGCUGGUGCGCGUGCUGGUGGGGUGCCGCCACGAUCUGGUGCUCGAACAGGCUGCCAGGGCUCUCGCUAACCUCGCAGCCCACGGCGACUGCAACCGCAACUCCGCUGCUGUUGGAGCUGAACCCACUGCCGUCCCAGCGCUUGUUGCUCUGCUGCAAUCCCCCAAUGAAGCCUUAAGGCAAGAGGGGGCAGGGGCUCUCUGGAAUCUAUCAUUCCACGACAGCAACAGGGAGGCCAUCGCAGCUGCGGGAGGGGUAGAGGCGUUGGUUCGGCUGGCCCAGGAGUCGUGCUUGCCAGGCGCAGCAGAUGACACCCAGGAGCGAGCUGCUGGCGCCCUGUGGGGCCUCUCUGUGUCUGAAGCCAACAGGUGCGUGUUGAGUCAGUACUGGUGGGUGCCCUGUGCCCGGCCUCUAGCAGCAGGGGAGGGGGGGGGAGUAGAGCUGGGUCGCCUGGCCCAGGAGUCGUGCUUGCCAGGAGCAGCAGAGCACACGCAGGAGCGAGCUGCUGGCGCCCUGUGGGGCCUCUCUGUGCCUGAAGCCAACAGCCAUAGGCUAGUUUUGAGACGUCUCAAAACUUGCUCUUAUGAAGCUUGUUCGUUCCCUGAUUUCCUGCUGCUGUGCUGUGCCCCCACGCCGUGCGGUCAUAGACUCAAAGCCCCUUUGAGCCCUCACCCCUCCUCUGAGCUCUCAGCCGCUGAUUCCUUCCAUUUCUGUUCUGUGCCCUCAUGCAGUGUGGCCAUAGGCCGGGCCGGUGGGGUGGAGACUCUGCUCAGCCUUGCCCAGGCGCGCAAGCAGGUGUGUGCAGUGCUGCAUGGGGUGCGGGGCUGA